AUGAAGAACGCGCGGGUAGCAGCCACAUUGCCCCUGUACACGCUACGCAUGACUUUAUUAUUACCUAAUAAAUUACAGUCUAUGGGUAUUUCGCACUUGGUCGAUGUCAGUAAAUGGAAAAAAGGUGAUCCAUUAAGAUUGUCUCACAUGGUGCAACGGCUCAUGUUCUGGGCUGAGGCUGGACGAAAUGCUUAUAAAGACGACGGUAUUGAAUGGGAUCCAACACCGGAGAAGCAGAUUCUUAUAGACAGACCAUAUAUAUUCUUUGUUCGUUGGCGCAACCUUACACUGAUGAACGGGAACUUUGUACUUUAA